UAAAGGCGCUCUGUCUUCAACAUUCCCUACCUCCUUCCUCAACAACACUUUCAAAUUUCACACUUCUUUCUCUCUCCAUGGCCGAGCCUCCUGCCGGCAAAGAGAUUCCGGUGAGUCUCACCGCCGCCAAUGUUACCGUGGAGAAAGCGCUCUGCUCGAAAGACGGGCUCACCUCGAGUCUACUCGGUUUCCCCCGCGAAUUCCCGUUCGAGUUCGACUCACCGACCAUUUCCUCCGCCUUCACCUCGCCCGGAGACUCCACCGAGACGGAGGAUGAUAGCUGCGACGACGAAGAGGACUUCCUCGCUGGGUUGACUCGUCGACUCGCCCUCUCGACUCAGCGUCUCCCUCCUCCCUCCUUCAUCAGCCACAAAACCGAGGAGAAGCGCCAAGUUGUCUCGACCUCUCCCCAGUCAACACUGAGUGGACUCGGAAGCUGGUCCGCGUCUGGAAGUGGGAGUCCGAAUAGACCGUCUUCUCAGGCUCCCUCGCCGCCAACGACGCCGUUUCGAAAGGAUGACGCUUGGGAUGUCAUUUCUGCUGCGGCAGGGCAAGUGGCAAAGCUGAAAUUUGGCUGCGGUGGCGGUGAACCAUGGUUCAGCCGCCCAAACUCAAACCCUAAUCCUCUUCUCCGUCGUCAAGCUCCGACACCAGAACCCAUUGCCCUACGCCACAGUAACCCUCAUAACGCUGCGUUUAGCUCGGGUCUUGGUUUUCAACAGCUCUACUCUGACCUGAACCAGUCCAGUCAGGUUCUGAGUAAAGAGAGUGAAUCAAAUCAGCUGUUUUAUGGAGACUGGGUGUGGAAUCCGAAGAGCUCGUAUUAUCAGUCUCUGUUGAAAUUCAAGUCACCGGAGCUGCAGUUUCCGGAGAGCGUUUCCAGCGGCUUCGACCGUGGAAACGGCCGCUUCGUCAGGCCUGCCGCGUUUCGCCAUCCUCCACCGCCGCCGCCGCCGCAUCAAGCUUCCUCCGCCGUGAGAAGUGUUUUUCCGGUACUGCCUGCCCCGAAACGGCCAUCGGUGGGAACGGGUGUAUUUCUUCCCAGGCGAUACACAAACCCAUCAGAUUCACGCAAGAAAUCAGGCGGUUCGAAUGUUGUUUUCCCGUCAAAGGGUUACCCACAGAACGUGAACUUUGACGAGUUCGACGACCUGUCUCCUCAUUCACGACCUUGUCUCUCGUCCGGGCACCACCAGUUCGAUUCUGCAGUGCCGAGUAGAAGUGGAUUGUCGGUCCGACAAGGAGGAGGACUGAGGCGAGUUCAUGGCGGUUGUCUGAACCAAGAAAGGCUCCUUCCGCAGGAGUGGAUGUACUGAUGGGGAUUGUUACUUCUGCUCUGUUUCAUCCGAUUUGCAUGUUUGAAGCAGUGGGAAUUUAGUUAUUAGCGUUAGGGUGAUAUUAAUAGUUGUUAUGGUUUACUGCUAAUAAUGCUAGUAAAUUAGAAUAAUUAGGUGGGGGUAAUUCGGUAUUUACCCGGUUCCUAUAAGAUAAUAUGAGUUAUUGACAAUACCUUUUGUAAUAUUUUUUUUUUGGGGGGCCUAGGGAGGGUUUUAUCUGCCUUUAGCUUGAUAUAAGGAAACUCUAAAUUUUGCUCCGACAGUAGAUUGUGGAGUGUCGGGUUUUGUGGUAGCGUUAUUUCUAUUUUUGGUAUUUUUGGGGUUGUAAUAAAAAAAAAGGUACCUUGUUGUAUCUCUAUGUUUAAAUUGUUUGUAGUUUGCCUAUUUUGAGCGAUAAUCGAAUCGUAUUUCUCUA